GGAGAGAAGCGGAGGAAGAGGAUUUGGGGGGAUGAUUGAGAGAAGUCGCAGGUUUUAAGAGAGAGAGAUUGGGUGUUUACGGCCCCCUCAUGAGUGCUCCUCCCAUUCCGCUGGGGGACCUCCUCUUGGUCCUUACCAAAUGCCCUCUACCCUCUGACACCCAGCUCUCCUCUGACCAAGCAUCGUCCCCCAGGCAGGCCUGGCCUACGCCCUCCUUGGUCACCCUGACUUUACUGUGGCCACCUGUGGGAAGGUAGGCCGCGGCGCUCUCCGAGCGCUGAGACAUCGGGUGGAGAAUCGUUUUCAACAAGGCUCCGCAUCAGAAAGAGGCGCAGUCACUCUGGCAGGCUCCAUCCCCUGUGACUGCUCCGCUCUGGGCUCUGGUCCAAAGCUGAGAGCCCCUUCCGCUCUGACAGCCUCUUCUGCCCUGCCCCGCCACUGCUGUGAGUGACAGGGGGUAAUGGAGAAGCCGCUCCCCGCUGCAGGAGGGAAGACCCGGAGCCCGGCCUCCCUCGGUAGCCGCACAUAUAAACCCCAGCCACUAUGGGCGGAAAGGAGAAGGGCAGCGCGGAAAAGGCCGAGGAGGAGGGAGGAAAAGGUGUCCUGGCGAGCACCGUGUGGAUUCUCUUGAGAUGAGAAGACAAUUCCCGGCUACAUCCCUCCUGCUGCUGCCCCUGCUUCUCCUGAGGUGUUCAGAACGGGGUAGGGGAGUUAAUUUUGGUGAGAAGGAUGCAAAGGUUCCCAGGGCCUGGAGAGACGGAGUCCGGGGUCCUGGAGAAGAAACCUCUGGGGACUCAGACAGGCCCAAUCCUGAGCGAAGGUACGGAAUAGUAGGACUAAGCCAAAGCAUUUCCACUAAGCACCCAGAGACCAGCCCUAAAGACUCAAGAGCAAGAGAAAAUUAUAUAACCGCAGAUGGAAGGACUGCUGAGGACCACAUCACUGCAGAUGGAAGGACUGCUGAGGACCACAUCACCGCAGACCCAGGGACUACUGAGGACCCCAUCACCGCAGACCCAGGGACCACGGAGGACUCCGUCACUGCAGACCCAGGGACCACCGAGGACUCUGUCACUGCAGACUUAGGGACCACUGAGAACUACGUCACUGCAGGCUGUUGGACCACAGAAGAUGAAACCAUUAAACAUGGUGACACUCACCUUCUGUGAACUACUUGAGUCACGGCAGUGAAACCCACCAGGCUCCUGACACCCGUGGGAAUUAUCCCAUAUCCCUGGCUGCAGCCACAGUCAUGUUGCACUCUGUGUUGCACUGGGCUUCAUUGUGGCUGAGUGUUUCCUGGCUC